CACAUCUACACAUUCAAUACUGCAAUUCAAUAUGUAAUAUUCGAAUCAAUGAUAUUUGGGUUUCAAUUUUAAAUUAUCCUCCAUUUAUAAGAUAGACAUAAAUUAAAUUUAUUAUUAAACUCAAAUCAAAAUAAAAAAAAACAUGAACAUUCAAAUAUGAAAUAACAAAAAAAGUACUUAUGGGAAAGUUAGUGGGCUAGCUAACAGUAGUGGAAAAGUCGUGUGAUUUUAGGCUAAAUUACAUGUUUAGUCACUCAAAUUAUACAAAUCUUUCACGUUUGCCACCCGAAUUAACGGAGUGUAACAACCGGUAGGGAUGGCAAUCAAACCCAUGCCCACGGGUAUCCGACCGCCCCCAACUCAGUCAACGUGGGGAAUCCCUGCUUUGACUGGGUAUGGGGCGGGUAUGGGUAAAACCCCCUCCCGCCCCAUACCCAUACCCGCCCCACUAAAAAUAUUUGUUCACAUAUAAAAAAUACAUGGAUGAAAUAGUAAUCUAUCAAUGAUAGUGAGGGUAAAUAAAAAAAAUAAUUAGUACAAAUGCAAUUGAGUGGUCACCUAGAUCAAAACCUAAUUCAUUUUCCUCAACUCUCUCUUCACUCUUUCACUUUUCCCUCAUCUUAGCAAGAUUAUAUUAGUUCAUUAUUACUUAGUAUAUGUAUUAGAGUCAGAUAAAUAAUGAUUUGGAUUACAUUGUAGUACUCUAUUUUAUGGAUUAAGGGAAAUUUUAGGAUAAAAUGCUUUGAACCAUAUUAAGAAUUAUUGUCACUUUCUCGACUUCAUGAUAUAAUAGGUGCCUUUAAUGCUAUAAUUGAAAAUUUACAUAUAAAAUUUUAUGUAUUAUAAUGUUGGAUGUACGGGGCAGGUAUUACCCAUGGGUACCCGAAACCCACGGGUAUGGGGAUGGGUUUGCAAAAUCUUCCCCUGCAUGGGUAUGGGGCGGGUAUGGGUUUGGAUAUUUGAAAGCCGGGAUGGGGAUGGUUUAGGAAAACCCGCCCCAUUGCCAUCCCUAAUAGCCGGUGACUAACGGUGAAACGAUUCGUAAAGUUAGUGGAGAAUAAGAAAGAAAAGUAAUUCGGGUGGCAAAUGUGGAAGAUUUGUAUAAUUUGAGUCACCAAACGUGUAAUUUAGCCAACUUUUAGAUUUCAAGUGUUGAGAUUCUUUACUUUAAAGGACACAAAAUAUUUCUUUAGGUUAAUUGGUAAUGGUUGUUGUCUUAUUUUGGAAAGACCAUGGUUCGAAUCUAAAGAUUGAUGUAUUCUUUUCUUAUGAAUAAAAAAUAAAUAAUGAUUGUAAAGACACAAUUACCCUUCCUACUUUCGCUCUCGUUGCAGGAAAUUUGAAAUGCUGAAAAACUACCCUCAACUUGGCUAUAAUAUAUUUGUAGAGAUGUAGAUUAUAUAUUGGGUAGAUAGGUAUAUAAAAAAUAAAAUCAAGACUAAAGUCUAGAGCCAAACAAACUGGUUUGGGCCUAUUUUCCCAGCCCAUUGUGGGAGCAGCGGGCUUCCAGCAUUUUAACUUUUAAGCCAGGCCGACAGAGAGAAACGAGCCGGUGGAAUUGACAAUCGGAAAAAUUAAUAGAGGGUUUAGUUUAGCAGAGAAAGUUGUCUGGGACGUCAGGCAGCAGUCGCGCGGAGCAGACUUUGGGCGGCGACGUGCUCGUUCGUCGACAGUUUUGGGGAUUAAACUGGGAGAAAUUCUUUCACACCCCAAAAGGUCACUUGAAAGAUUUUAGAUUUAUGCUGGAAAUGGAGAACCGGAAACGGGUGGUGUGCCCAGGUAACGAAGACCUUGUAUCGUGCUUACUACAAAAGAGGAGAGAAUUGGCUGAUUCUCCCAAGGGGUUAUCUGAUAACUUGGAUAUGACUCUGUCUAAAGCAUAUAACAGUGUGUGUUGUGCCAAGACUCCCAUCAAAACCCUCAAGGAGUUCUCGCAGCUCAAGGGUGUUGGUACGUGGAUGGUGAAGCUAAUGAAAGGGUUUUUUAAUAGUGAUUCUGGAAGCCCUGUACCUGAGGACUUGCCUGGCAAAGGAAAGAAAGCUAAUGCCAAAAGACGUUAUAUGCCCCAAAAAAAUUCUGUAGCAUAUGCAUUACUGAUUUCCCUUUACAGGGGGAGUACGAAUGGCAAGGACUUUAUGCAUAAGCAGGAGCUGAUUGAUGCAGCUGAAGCAAGUGGACUUUCUCGUGCGCCAAUAGCUCCAGAAAAGGGAAAAGGCAAGGCAGCUCAUUUAGGAAGUUCCCCAAGAGACUUUUAUUCCGGAUGGAGUUGCAUGAAGACAUUGAUAACUAAAGGAUUAGUUGUCAAAUCAAGUUGCCCUGCAAAGUACAAGCUAACACAGGAAGGACGAGAAGUAGCAAGGGAAUGUAUGGUGAGAUCAUGCCUGCUAGACCCAAAGGAGACUGUAGCUGAUGCAGAGGAUUCUGCUAAUUUGGGCAUUGACAAUGCAGCAGAUAAGGAAUCAAUUAAGGCUACUUCAUCUGCUGAAGUUACCAUUCCAUCUGUGGACUUAAAUACACAGGAGAGAUCUAUUAAUGUUCCAACUCAAUCCCUUGAGAGGUUUCUGCAUAUGGGUUAUUCCAAGGAACAAGUUUUUGAUGCCUUCAUUGAAGUUUCAAAAACUUCUGGUCAGAAGGAUAUCUCAUCACUCUGGCCAGCGGUCCUGUGUCAUCUUCGCGAAGAACAUAUUUAUGGUUUCCAUUCAGACUCUCAAACCCUGGGAAAUGAUUGUCAAGCAGAAUCAACUAAUCCAACGUAUAACCACGGUCAGGUCGUUUCUUGUGGCAGUCGGAAUAGUAAAAUGGAUUGGGGUCAUAGUAAUAAGCUCAAUGCUUGUUCUAUUGCUUUCUCAUUAAAUCUGAAAGCUUGCUCAUCAAAUGACUACACCAUGAAAUCGUCAAGUUCCGAUAACACUGAACAAAACAUGAGUGUUCUAAGCAUGCCACCUCUUGGAGUUGGCGAGAGGUUUGAGGAUAUAUAUGAAGUCCUCCUUAUAUUAGAUGACCGUGAGCAGUUUGCAACUCACGGGACGAGAGGCAGGAAGCUUAUUGAUGGGAUGUGCAAUGAGCACGGAAUAAAAGUAGAGGUCAGGCGGUUACCGGUUGGGGAUGGAAUCUGGCUUGCUCGCCACAAAUACCAUUUUGAUGAAUACGUUCUUGAUUUUGUUGUCGAGCGGAAAAAUGUUGAUGAUUUGCGGUCAUCGAUUAGGGAUAAUCGCUAUAGAGACCAGAAAUUGAGACUUCAGAGAUGUGGACUUAAGAAGCUAAUGUAUCUUGUUGAAGGAGAUCCGAACUGUUGUGAUGGGGCUGAAAGCAUCAAAACAGCCUGUUUUACUACAGAGAUUCUGGAGGGCUUUGAUGUCCAGAGAACUACCAGUUUACCUGACACAUUGAAGAAGUAUAGCUAUUUGACCAAGUCCGUUUCUCAAUAUUAUCGCUCACAGAGAACUUGUGAUCGAUCCAACCAAUUCGCUACCUGCCCUCGGUUUUGUGAUUUCAUCAAGAGGUGUGAAGAACUAGACAAGAUGACUGUUGGUGAUGUGUUUGCUAUUCAGCUUAUGCAGGUUCCUCAAGUGACAGAGCAGGUUGCCAUGGCUGUUCUCGAUCUGUACCCAACGCUUCUGUCACUUGCCUGUGCCUAUUCGCUUCUUGAGGGAGACUUCCAUGCACAAGUGGACAUGCUAAGGAAGCAGAGCAACGACAUUGUAAGUCCAGCUGCGAGCAGAAACAUCUUCCAGUUAGUAUGGGGACAGUGAUUGAUUAACGUAAGUGUGGAAUCUCCACUGUUGGCAAAUUAAAGAAUUACCAUGAACUAGUCUAGUGUACCAAUGAAAUGGCCACUGUAAUUGUAAGCCCCAAAGAAGCCUGUUUUCAAGUGGUAGCCACAACUAUGGGUGGAAGUUUGGUUUUGGUUUGAAGGUUGCGGGUAACCCGCAAGCCGCACACUUUUUGGAUACUCAUACCCAUAAUUUGUGGAUAGUGGGCUGGGUGUGGGUAGCAAAAUAUUAAUUUUUGUGGUUAGUGGUUAACCACUACCCACAGGGAUUUACCCACAAAACCCACAUUAGUUAUAUUUAUUUCUUCAAAUACUUUGUAACCCACAUUAACCACAUUAGUUAUAUUAAUUUGUGAAACUUGGAAGAGUAAGAAUUAAAGUAGCUACCAAAAUCAAACACACUUAUUCUAUAAAACAAAACCAAGUCAAUGUGCAAUGUUCAUGUGAGAUAUUUUUGUCAAGGGUUAUAGGUAUAAUAUGCCCCUCUACUAUGACGUUUUAUCAAACAUGCCCCUUUACUAUUUUUUACAUCAAAUAUGCCCUUGUACUUUGAAAAAAUUAUCAAACAUGCCCUUCUGUUAAAAUUUUCAUUGAAAAAAUCGUCAAUCAUGGUUGAAUCGAGAUUUAGACGACCGGACAUCGGCAAAUGGAAGGAAAAAUGUCAGUUUUGUCCCCUGUUUUAUUUUCCUGGGUCUUUUCAAAGUGAAAUUAUUUGAAUGAUUUGAUUACACAAAAGAACCAAAAAAAUCUAAAGUGAAUUUAUUAGGGAUAUUUUAGUCAUUUGUGUCACCCAAACUAAAGUUCGGCCUUGGUUAACAGUUUCUGGAUGAAAAUUUUAACAAAAGGGCAUGUUUGAUCAUUUUUACAAAGUACAGGGGCAUGUUUGAUGUAAAAAAUAGUAGAUGGGCAUGUUUGAUAAAGCGUCAUAGUAGAGGGGCAUAUUAUACCUAUAAGGCUAUAACCCUUUUAUCAAAUAAGCAUUGUCCGUGUGGUAUAUAUUUAUUGUAUAACAAAACCAAGUCCAUAGAUAUAGUUAGGUAAAUUAGUCGAUUUGUUAAAAGGGGAAUAAUCGAUAAAGUUUAGUCUAAUACCCAAAAUAAUCUCCAUUUCUCCACGAAUUCACGAACAACACAACAUGCAACCAACUACCAACAAUACAAGACUAUAGUCGAGAAUGGAGAAUAAGCAAAUCAUUAAAAGCGGGCGCCUCCACUUAUCGAGUCACUUUUGUGUUUUGCUGUUAUUGUAAUCGGAGGAGCCGUGACAUGCAACGAUAUUUGUCUGGUAACAGGUCACUCUGUCUUUGCGUUAUCUUCAAAUCUCUUUCCAAAUCCAUCUCUUCUAAAUUUACACUAACAAACCUAUUGUAUUUGAGAUUUAUAAUUUAUUUAACACUUUAUUAACUUUCUAUUAUGUAUGUUUUUGUGUGAGAAGAAACACAUCACUAUUUAAUUACCAUAUUAUUAUAUUUCAUAUUUAAUGUGAAAUUUUUGUGGGUAUCCACAACCAACCCGCACCAACCCACAACGGGUUAUGGUUAACCACUACCCCUAGCCACAACAACUCCAAUUCUUGCGGAUGGUUAACAUAAUUCUACAUUUGUGGGUGUGGUUACUCGCAAAAUGUGGGGCGGAUAACAACACCCACCCCAAUUUCCACCCCUAGCCACAACAACUCCGAUUCUUGCGGAUGGCUCUCUGAUAGUUUUUAAUAACAUGCAUACGAAAUGCGGGAACAAUCUAAAAGAAAAAGCUUAAGGCUCGUUUUGUUGUUGUGGGUGUAGUCAUUUAUAAUAGUAUAUGGUAGAGAAACUUGCAUAAGGUAGAAGGGUCGUCGAAUAGAUUAUUUAUGUUUAAACUUCUUUCAUGACGCUAUUGUUACAAUUUGUAUGUUCGAUAGUUGAUACUGCUGUAACUUUAGCAUAAUGAAACAGUUUUUUUGGA